AUGUAAAGUAUCCCUCCUCUUGGUGACGUCAGACGUACAGCGCGCUCUCGUUUUCGUGCACGCGGGUAUGUUGAACUGAACAGGGAGUCGACAAAUCUAUACGUGCAGUUACAUACAUUCACCAAUCCAGAUGCGGAUUGUCACUGAUGAGCAUCAGUCCCUAAUCCAACUAUGAUCUGAGAGAUGAUAGCAGAACCAACUUUACUGUCGAGAUCGGUGCAAAAGGAGAAUUCAGUAGUCGAUGCCUCUUCCUGUCUAUCAGUACAUCACGCCUCGAGUGAGAGGAAUGAAAACAGACAGAAGACUGUGAGAGCAAAGAGAAAAGCCCGGGAAUGCUCGGAGAAUGCUAAACGUAAGCGUUCAAAGAGCAGUAAUGGGAGUUUGGGAAGAGCAGAGAACAAUCAGCUCAAAAAUGGAGAUGUGGAAGCUGUCACCUUGUUUGAGGUGGUCAGCAUGGGCAGGAGUGCCAUGCAGGCUGUGAUGGAUGAGUGGAUUGAUGAUUAUACUGCGGACAGAGACACGGCACUGCUGGAUCUCAUAAGCUUUUUUAUCCAGUGUUGUGGAUGCAAAGGGAUGGUAACAGCAGAGAUGUUUCAGAGCAAACAGCGUACUGACGUCAUGAGUAAAAUGGUGGAAGAUCUGGAUGAGGGCACAGGUUUACAAUACAAGAAGUUUCUUGCAUUUCCGUGGAUUUUAACUGUCACAUGGCCUCUUGACAUUGACAGUGGCGAGUAUCCGCUCAUCAUGUCUGGCCUGUAUUGGAAAAGGUUUCGUUCGCAUUUCUGUGAUUUCGUAUCGGUGCUAGUGGCCCAGUGUCAGAACUGUGUAAUCUUUGACGGCUACCUCCUAAACACACUCAUCUCACUUCUGACAGAGCUCUCUGAUUCCAGAGUUCGUGCUUUUAGACACACCUGUACACUGGCAGCGGUUAAACUGCUUAGCGCUCUGGUUAAUGUGGCUCUUAGCCUCAGCGUCGGCAUUGAUAACAGUCAGCGGCUGUAUGAGGUUGAGGUGGCCAAAGCGUCCAGCAAACGGGCUUCUCCAAGGUUGGAUAGGAUCCAGAGGAAGAUCAAUGAGCUACAGGACAAGAAAUUUGAAAUAGAGAACAUGAUGGAUGCCAUUUUUAAAGGCGUUUUCCUGAAGAGAUACAGAGAUGUGAUUCCUGAGAUCAGGGCCAUCUGUAUGGAGGAACUGACAGUGUGGAUGAAGCUGUACAGUUCAGUGUUUCUGAAUGACAGCUACCUGAAGUAUGUGGGAUGGAUGAUGCAUGACAAGCAACCUGAUGUGCGUCUAAAAUGUGUACUGGGUUUGCAGGGACUUUAUCAGGAUCAUAUAAGUCCCAAAAUGGACCUCUUCACAGUCAGGUUUAAGGAGAGAAUAAUCUCUAUGACGCUGGACAAAGACCAUGAAGUGGCGAUACAGGCCGUGAGAUUGCUGAUGGUCAUGUCCCAAUCUUGUGAGGAUGUUUUAGGUCCUGAUGACUAUAAGAACAUCUUCCAGCUUGUGUACUGCUCCCAUAGACCUCUUGCUGCCACUGCUGGUGAAUUCCUCUACAACAGGCUUCUCAGUAACCCUGAAAUGUCAAGGUCCAUGGAUGGAUCCUCUGAACAGGAUAGACACAGAGAGCUAAUCUUAGCCAGAGUACGAGCCCUUAUCCGCUUCCACACAGAGAGUCAGCUGCAUCAGCAUGUGCUAUACCUCGUGGACACUCUGUGGGACAGUGCAGGAGUUCUGCUGAAAGACUGGGCCGGUCUUACCUCACUACUCCUACCUCACUCUUCCUGUCAGGAACAAGCUUUGACCAGUGUGGAGGAAACCUUUGUGAUUGAACUCUUGUUGGCAUCAGUAAGACAGGCAUCAGAGGGUCCUUCAUUAUCAGGGAGAGGUACAGGUAAAAAGGUCAUGAGUGCUAAAGAGAAAAAGGUUCAAACUGAUGACUGCGCAAAACUCACUGAACAUUUUAUUAAAGUGCUACCUGAGCUUUUAUCUAAGUACUCGGAGGAUGUUGAAAAACUGACUUCCUUCUUAAGAAUACCUCAGUAUUUCCAGAUGGACACCUGUAAUCAUGACAACACACAGUCUGUGCAGGCCUUGCUGGCUGAACUGGAGACUGUGGUGGACAGACACACAGACGUAGAAUUGCUGGAGACAGCUGCUCGUUCCUACCAGAACAUCUGUGUUGUUCAGGAUUCCCCCUGGUACUCUUCAGCCCGGUCCACCUUUGACCAGCUCAUUCAGUGCUGGACACACACACUGGGAGCACGUCUAGAAGAAUCACUGAAUGAUUGUAGUUUUACCGCAAAUGAAGACAGCACUAUUGAAAUUCUGUCUACACUGAAGAAACUUACUGCAUUCAACAAUGCUCAGGAUCUGUCUAAAUGGAGCCUGCAUGAGCUGGGGACCAAACUGCUGGAGGCGGAGAUCAAACACGGUGGUCUGCCCACGGAGAUAACAAUUGAGGCUCUGCGCUGUAUGUGUAGCUGUAUCCUGUGGAAGCUCAACACUUUCGGUGAAGGUCUGACCUCCAGGGAGUCUGCCCUCCACCGGAGAAACCAGCUUCGGGUCUUCUGUGAGAAAUGCCAUCGCUGUUUGUCGCACGCCCAGCAGCUCGUAAGAGAGCAAGCCUUCAUGUGUUUAAGUGAUGUUCUCAUAGCUCAUAGUAACCAGCUUCAGACGUGGGACUCUUCAGCAGGUUCUCCGGUGCUGUACACCCCUGAUCCAAAACUCCAAAAAGCUCUACUGUCCUUUAUCAUGGAGCACAUCUUCAUAAGUCCUGACCUGGAUACCCACAGCAGUAAAGUCGGUGAAUGUGAAGAGUAUCGACUGGAAGACUUACACAGGCGCAGGAAUCUUCUGGCUGCGUACUGCAAGCUGAUAGUACACAGUGUGCUUGAGAUGAGCAUGGCUGCUGAAGUUUUCAAGCAGUAUGUGAAGUAUUACAAUGACUUCGGUGACAUCAUCAAAGAGACCCUGAACAGGACGAGGCAGAUGGACAAGAUCGAAAGCGCACGAACGCUGGUGCUGUGCCUUCAGCAGCUGUACCUGAGGCUGAAACAGGAGCAGGACCGAGGGAACACAUGCAGCUCCAGGGUUCAGACCUACAGCAGCAUCAAAGAGCUGGCCAGACGUUUCUCGCUCACCUUCGGCUGGGAUCAGAUCAAAUCCCGCGAGUCUCUGGCCAUGAUUCACAGGGAUGGCAUCGAGUUCGUUUUCAAAGGAUUUGUUCAGCAGUCUGAAAAACACUCCCCACCACACAUCUCGUACCUCAUCAUCCUCAGCGAGUUUUCUAGUAAGCUGCUCAAACCUGACAAGAAAACUAUUUACAGUUACUUGCAGAGGUCUGCUGGUGAACAGGUCAUUAACAAUAGAGAGGAGAGCUGGAUGCCUCUUAUUUACUACCGUGCAUCUCUGAUGGGCACGGCCGAGGGAGAAGAUGCCGUCUCCUUCAUCAGCUCUGACACUAACAAACAGCCCUCUCUCAGCAACCACUCAAGGUCACCCUCAAUAAAACAAGUUCAGUUUGAAGAUCAGAGAUUCAUUUCACCCUCUAUAGAACCAAAAGGAUGCAAGCUAGCGAAAAGUCCUGAAGAAACAAAGGUCCAACAAAGCACGAGCAGCAGUCUCAUAGCUGAUAAAGGACCACAGGACAGUGAUGAGGUGGAUGUUGAUACUGUAGAUAUUGAUGUUUAACUCAUUCCCCGCCAGCCUUUUUUUUUAAGUUGCCUAAAAAUGUUUGUUCAAACUUAAAUGUUCUCACUUUUAAGUAGAGUAUAGUGCUGGGCAAAGAUUAAUCGCGAUUAAUUGCAUACAAAAUAAAAGUGCAUUUUUGCAUACCGAAUGUGUGUUUACUGUGAAUUAUUAUGUAUAUUUAAACACACACACAUACAUAUAAACAUUUCAGAAAUUUUUUAUUUAUAUAUUCUUUUUUUGUUUAUAAAUAAUAUAGAAAAAAAAUAUAUAUAUACAUACAUACAUACAUACAUACAUACAUGGGUGAUUCUCACGAAAACUUGGUUUUAAAAAUGUCAAGCAUGAAAAUGUAAAAAUUGCUUAAAUUUACUUUUCCCCCACCAGACAUUGAAAAACAAAGUCUGGAGUAAAUGGGAACAUUAAUUUAAAAACUUUUACUUAUCAUUUAACACUUUUUGUAACAUAAUUUUAAAAAUCUCAUUACCGCAACAGUCAGAAAACAUCAACACUGACAUAUUUUCAAAAUGACAUGACAAACCUGAAAGAACAUAAUUUGGAGAUUCUGCACAUGCAUUUAAAAUCAAAGUAUUAUGCUUCUAUAAAUUAAAUUAACAUUUAAUAAGCAUCUGUUGCGGUAAUGAUAAUCAAAAUGUCGUGUAAGCAUUCUGACAAGACAAUAUUUCAAAUUAACUGUAAAAAAUGAUCUUACCUGGUAGCCAUCUUGAAGUAACUGGUCCAUGUGCUUGGUCACUCAAAAUCAAACUUUAUUAAAAUUCUGUAUGUGUGCUUAAACUGUUCUCAAAAAGUGUUGCGGAGGAUGAGAACAUCAGGCAUGGACACAUCAUUUUCCUAAUUUUUCUUCAUUGUUAUUAUACAUAAAUAUUCAGUAAAUAUUUUUUCUGUCAUCUAAAGUAGUCUAGCAAAACAUCCAUUUAUUUUUUUCUUAAUAUUUUUGUGUUAAUUUGAUUAAAU